AACAAUUCCCACCUCCCUCUGUACUUUAAUUCGACAUACUCCAGCUAAAUCUUUUGUUUGGCAAAUCGCGAGCGCUCUUUCAAGCAACCAAGUCGUGAAACAACAAUUUGCCGCUCAAACAUGGGCCAACCAUCUUUUGCGGCGUCAAACGCCAUCAUCUACGUGACUUAUGGCUUCUUCCUCGUCUUGGGCACGGGCAUUGCCUGGAGAAUGAGAAAGCAACCCAAUACGGAGUUUCUCUCCGGCAACAGGACACAGACUGCUUGGCCUCUGGCCUUCAACUUCAUCGCCUCUGCCUUGGGAUCCGGUAUCCUGUUCUCGUACCCGGAACUCGCAACUAUUGCCGGUGUUCAGGGUGUCGUAGUUUACGCAUUGGCGUCGGCGCUGCCCUUGCUCAUUUUCGCUCUUCUUGGCCCCAUGAUCCGUCGCAAGUGUCCUGAUGGAUUCGUUUUGACGGAGUGGACGCGUAACCGUUAUGGCACGGUUGCUAUGCUGUAUCUGAGCUUCAUGACGCUUGUUACCUUGUUCCUUUACAUGGUUGCAGAGCUGUCCGCUGUUGGACAAGUGGUCAACGCUCUUACCGGUCUUGAUGGACUUCCGGUCAUUAUUGUGGAAUGCGUGGUCACAACCAUUUACACAUCUCUGGGUGGAUUCAGAAUCUCGUUUCUCACAGACGUCAUCCAAGGAGCCAUGGUGGUUGGGCUCAUCAUCAUCGCAACCAUCACCAUUGGCGUCAAGGCCGAGAUUGACCGCGAUCUCAUCGACUCCUCGGGCCUCACCAAGGCCAGUCUUGUGGGAUGGCAGCUGGUGUACAUUCUCCCCGUUGCCGUGCUGACCAACGACUUCUUCCUCUCCAACUUUUGGCUGCGUACCUUUUCAUCCAAGACGGACAAGGACUUGUGGGUCGGCAUUUCUGUUGCGACGGUGGCAGUCUUGUGUAUCCUCACCUUGGUUGGUGCCACCGGUCUUAUUGCUGCAUGGACGGGUGCUUGGCCUGGAGAUGACGACAUUGAUGGAUCUCUUGCCUUCUUUGCUUUGCUGGAGCAGCUGCCGAGCUGGGUCGUGGGCAUUGUGCUGGUCAUGGUUGUCAGUCUAAGUGUCUCUGCGUUUGACUCUCUGCAGUCGGCCAUGAUCUCCUCGGCGUCCAACGACUUGUUCCGCAACAAGCUGAACAUCUGGAUCAUCCGAGUGCUUGUGGUGCUUGUCAUCAUCCCCACUGUGGUGAUUGCGCUCAAGGCUCCGUCCAUCUUGCAAAUCUUCCUCAUCAGCGAUCUCGCUUCAGCAGCUACGAUUCCUGUGCUCUGUAUUGGAUUGAUCGACUCAUUUUACUGGUGGCGCGGGUUUGAGGUCGUCGUGGGAGGACUGGGCGGCAUCCUGACUGUCUUCAUCUACGGCGCCAUCUACUACGGCGAUGCAAAGAGCGGCGGUGAGCUGAUCCUGCUCGAGCAGGGUCUCUAUGCGGGCGAUUGGGGUGCUUUUGGAGCCUUCGUGGCUGCCCCUGUGGGAGGCAUCAUCUGGGGCUUCAUUGCUUUGGCGCUGAGGCUGGCGGUCCAAUUCGCUCUGGCCAAGAGUCGAGGCGAGCGUUUCGAUGCUCUUGAUCGCCCAGUGGCUACGAGUGAGGAGGAGGAGGAUGACACCCAGCUUGUGACUGAGAUUUCGACCAGUGUUGCCGGCAAGUUCUUUUGAGCCGUUGGCUAGAGACGGGUGAAGUCAUGAUGUUGGGAGCUGAUAGUAUUCCUCUUUUCUUGGAUACGACUAAGAAGAAGAAUAUGAUGAUGUGGUUAGUGGCAGUAUUGGAUAAGAAAGUUGGAUGGUGGUGGUGGUUGCAGUGGUGUUGCAGUAGUGGUAGUGGUGGUAGUAGUACUCACAGAGCACUCUGGUGGCCACGACAGUAACAUCGUGGUUGUAGGAGGUAAUGGUAAUCAUAUACUCAAAGUGGUCAUAAUGGAGAUUGUACCUGCGC